AUGGCCUCACAAAGAAUCAUCUCGGAUGAGAAGACCAUCCUCGAGAAAGAUGACAUCGCCGGCACGCAGUCCAACAUCGCACCCGCGGUGCCCACGGACGUCAUCGUCAAGCUGCUGGCCUUCACCUUCGCCAUGAUUGUCGUGCCCAUCGGCUCGUACUUUGCGACGGUCAACACGGUAUUCAAAGGCAACUCGACCUUCGCGGGCGCCACGGCGGCCAUCAUGGCCAACGUCGUGCUGAUCGCGUACGUGGUCGUCGCCAUGAGGGAGGACCAGUCGGAGCAGCACGACGGGAAGAAGAGCAAGGAGGGCAAGAAGGACCGCUGA